AGGAGGAUGUGGAAGAGCAUCCACAAGAGCACAGCUUCUCAACAAAGAUGCCUCCGAACAGGAAGGCCUUACAUUUCCAGCCGUCAGUCCUGCAUUUUGGAAUGCAGUUCCUGGGGCUACCCAGAGCUAAAAUGCUGCAUGCCUACAACCCUAGCAGAGAUAGAGAAGUUGUAGUGAAUUCAGUGUUUACAGCUACUAGACAGUUUCAUGUGUCUCCUGUUCAUAGCAGGGUCAUUCCAGCGAUGGGAAGAAUUUCUUUCAGAGUGCUCUUUUUGCCAACAGAAGAAGGCAAUAUUGAAAGCUCAUUAUUUAUAAAUACCUCAUCUCAUGGAGUACUUUCAUAUCAGGUUUUUGGAAUGGGAACUUCGAAGUCUUCUUCAAAAGAGUCUAGAGUGCAGCUAGCAAAUGCCUAUUUACUGCUUCCACAAAUUCAAAGCAUCCAGGCUUCACAAACACUGGCAGAAACUAUGAAUGCCAGUCUGUUACGCGUUCRUCUUGAAUGCAGUUUGCCUAACAAUUCAUAUCAGCAAGUUAAGAGCUGCUGCUUUAUGCCCGAUGAUCCAAUGCUGCUAGAAAUGAGCUUAAUGGUAAGAAUGGAAAAUGCCCAACAAGAUUUUGUGGAGCACAGACAAUACUUAUUGGAGAAUCUUUUUGUAGUUUAUGUAGCAGUGGAAAAAACGAAGACCUCGGGCGAUUCCUCAGUAAAUGUCUAUGUGUUGAAUUCUGGCAACAGCCUUGUGCACGUCCAGGAUAUACGACAGUUGUCGCAAGAGGAGAUGUCACGUGUGGAGUUUGAGCCAGUACUGCUAUCUUCUUCAGCUACAAACUUUACAAAAGUCGCUUCCAUUUUCUGUAGAGCUGCAUCAUGUGACAGUGAAAACUCUUCUGCAGAAGACAAGAAGAAGAGCCUGUUGGGAGGCACUACAACACUAAAAGCCUGUCUUUCCUGUCCUGUGAUGGAAGGAUAUUUUGACGUAGAUCCUUCUGCAGCAUUGUUUCACAUAGAACCACAUCAUAAUACUUCAGGUUUGUGGRCCAUAUGGUUUACAAAUAACUUUGACUUCAACAUUGAACUUACCGAAGUCUUCGUAGCUAGAGAGACAAAGAACAUUUUAAAGAUUCUGAACUUUGCUGAACCUUUGACUCUACCUCCAGGCUGCUGGAAUGUAUUUUCUUUAAAACUCAGUGUGAAAGACACUCUAACAAAUGUACUUUCUAGUAUUUGUUUGACCACAAAUGUAGGAAUGAUGUUUGAAAUACCUCUGCAGAUUUAUUCCACAGUGUCCAAGGAGGGAGAUCUUCAUUUUGAAGCCAUAGCCCAUUGUGAUAUUCAGUGUUACUUGGGAAAGUCUGAUUCAGAAAAUCUGCUUUGGCAGAAGAGUCUCUCCCUGGACCGUUCUACGUGGGAUGUGGAUUCUGAGCUUGCGAGUGAACUUUUUGAAAGGUGGCAAAAAAUAAGACGUGGAGAAGCCUGCAGCAGGAGAAAUGCUCUGGGAUCAGCUCGCUUCAUUCACCAGAAGAAGCUCCAAGAGGAAUCGUUCGCCUUUUUCUUGCCACGGUUGACUGCAGAGCCUGGCCUUACGCUGAACUUCAGUGCCACAGCAAUUAAAAGUAGUAUGGUAAAAUAUUUUGUACUACGAAACCCUUCAUCCUUCCCAGUUACAUUGCAGCUGCUGCCUCUUUCUUCCUACCCUGAUCCUCAAGCUUCAAUGAAUCUACUCAGCAAAUGGUUUGGCAUAAAUGUGAAAACUAUUAAUUUCACAACCACCGAAUUCAGGCUUAUGGAUGAGUGUUUUCACAGGAAAACACAUCAGGAGGAUCUCAUUAACGAGAAGUGCAGUUCUGAGCUGCUUCAGUUACAUUUGCAGCCUUUGGAAACCAGAAGAGUUGGUGUAGUUUUUACACCAGUUGACUACAGAAGAGUAACUUCCCUUAUUUUAAUCAGAAACAACUUGACUGUCCUGGACGUGGUCACCAUAGAAGGCUUUGGAGCCAAAGAGCUGCUUAAAGUAGGGGGACGACUGCCAGGUGCAGGAGGAUCACUUAGAUUCAAGGUGCCAGAAGCCACACUGAUGGACUGCAGGCGACAACUGAAAGACAGCAAGCAAAUUUUAUCCAUUACGAAGAACUUCAAAGUAGAGAAUAUUGGGCCUCUUCCUAUAACAAUUUCGUCUAUGAAAAUCAAUGGUUAUAGUUGCCAAGGAUAUGGGUUUGAAGUGUUAGACUGUCAGGAAUUUUUCCUGGCUCAGAACUCAUCACGAGAGAUCAGUAUUGUAUUUACACCUGAUUUUACCUCUUCGUGGGUAAUCCGUGAGCUUACGCUGGUGACUGCUGCUGAUCUGGAGUUCCGCUUCACGCUGAACGUGACCCUUCCCCACCACUUGCUGCCGCUGUGUGCGGAUGUGGUGCCCGGGCCCAGCUGGGAGGAGUCCUUCUGGAGGCUCACCGUCCUCUUCGUCAGUUUGUCUUUGCUGGGUGUGGUUUUGAUAGCCUUCCAGCAAGCCCAGUACAUCCUAGCAGAAUUCAUGAAAUCCAGACAGAGGCCAAAUCCCAGUGCUUCACCGCAGCAGAACAACAGCUCUGUUGACGUGAUCAGCUCCGAUUCUUACAAAGGAAGCUGCAAGACAUUCAUGGAUUCCUACAGCUCUCCUGACAAAGGUAAAGGAAAGGGCUUCCUGUCUGUAGGGGCUUCCUCGAGCCGCAGCCAGAAYGCAGCGAAGAGGAGUCCUGCGACCUACAGCCACUCUCAGAAAAAACACAAGUGUUCAGUCUACUACAGUAAGCAAAAGCCAAACACAGCAGCUGGCACUGCCCUUGCAGCUGCUGAUGAAAAACAAAGCCAGAUUGCCGAGAACCAAAUCUCAGCCCCAAAAGAGGACAUUUGCACUGAUGUUGUCAGUGAGAACUGGGUAACGCUAAAAUAUGCAGAUGGCAUAAACRUUAACAAGAAUUUAACUCUACCAGAAAACUUUCUGGGUAAAGAAGAAAGUGCACUGAAAAAUACAGUUCUCAUUAAAAAUACUUCUUCAGAGUGCAAUCUGAAGGAAGAUCUUCAAACAUGUAUGUUUCCUAAGGAAACUAACCUUAAAACUUCAGAGAAUCUAGCUGAGCUCAAAGAACAGGAGUUCUGUCCUGUGAAGAUGUCUAAGAAGCUACCUGAAAGUCACUCGUCAAGAAAUUCACCUCAGCAACAGCCGGAACUGCAAGAAAUUUCCAGGAAAAAUAGUGGGAAUAACCAGCAAGUGCCUCUCAGGAACGAAACAGAAAACUGUGAGACUUUAAAAAAGCAGAUCAACCUAAAGCCUUCCACUGAGAAAAAGAUUAAUAAAGUACCUAAGGAAGAGACCCCGUGCUGCACAAAGGAGGAGAUCACUUCCUCUGAGCAAGAAGAUGCCUAUAGGAAGAAGAAACCUCAGGAGAAAAAAGAAGGAAAUGCAUCAAAUAUAAAUUGGAAUAGAAAUAGAACAUCUAGAAAAAAUAAGAAAAAGAAUGUUAAUAUUUCUACAAGGGUCCCCGAGCAGAGCGAGCUGAAGCAUCUGUGCGGUGAGUUUGAGAGGCCGGAGCUGAGAGCCAGCGCGGGGAUAAGAGCCUGGUGCCCGCAGGGCAGCGCCGAGAACUGCAAAGCAGACCAGAAAAACGGGAGCUUGUCCAUGAAGGGAGAAACAGAGAGCUUUUAUCAACGAUCCAAAAAGAAGUGUUUGGAGAAGUUUUGUUCCGACUCGAGCUCGGACUGCGGGAGUUCAUCGGGAAGUGUUCGUGCCAGCCGCGGGAGCUGGGGCAGCUGGAGCAGCACCAGCAGUUCCGACGGAGAUAAAAAGCCUAUGAUCACUGCCAGGCAUUUCCUUCCAUCUAGAGAGAAUAUUUCACAAAAUGAUUUUCCAUCUGAAACUCCUAUCACUUUAAAUCUGUCUCAUAACAUCUGCAAUACCAGCAGAGACUUGAACACCAUCCCCCAAUAUCCGGAAACCUUAUGUCCUAAUUUUACUGACAUGGCUGCAGAUCCUGACAAAAAUAAAGGUAUAUACCCAGCAGGAGACUUGUGGCCUGCUCAACCCGUCUGCCUGACAAACAGCUUAAACUACAACCUUGAGAACAACAUACCGUGCAUGAUCCAAGAAACCCCCUCUGUCCACAACAGCUUCAUUGACUGGAAUGCAGCCUGCGACAGCCAGUUUUCCAACAUGUAUUGUCCAUUAGAGAUGAAUGAAUAUGGUGCUUUCCCAGAAGAGAACAUGAAUUACGGCGGCGGCUUCCCCGGCGCCGGCGCGGUGCAGAACACGGCCUUCGUGGAGCAGAGCUGCGCGCCGGCCUGGAGCGCGCCGGCCCCCGUGGCGCCCGCCUGGGAGCCCGCCGGCUACGUGAGCUCCACGCCCUACCUCUCCAGCACCCGAAGCUUGUCUCCAAUGUCUGGACUUUUUGGUUCCAUCUGGGCGCCUCAGAGUGAUGUCUAUGAAAACUGCUGCCCUGUCAGUGCCACGACCCAGCAUUCGACCCAUGUGGAGAACCAGGCAGUGAUGUGCAAGCAGGAAUACUACCCACGGUUUAACCCCUUCCGUGCCUACAUGAACUUGGACAUAUGGACUACGGCAGCCAACCGGAAUGCAAAUUUCCCGCUUUCGAGGGACUCGGGUUACUGUGGAAAUGUGUGAAAGGAAUUUGAUUUAAAAAUGUGAAUAAAGAUGCUUGCAGUUUUGAAUACUAGAGUAAGCUGGUCGUUGAAAUAGAUUACAAUGUUGGUGGAUAUUUUGGCACUUUUAUAUUGAAAAUAAAUUUUUUUUUACUGACGUCUGAGCAUUCGGUGCAUUUUAAAAAAAGCAAGAUAUAUAUUCAGGAUAUUGUUAUUGUCACACGAAGGCUAUGAAUUUAAAAUUAAAAAUUGUUCAAGAAUAAGAAAAGUAUUAGGUUCCUAACAGUAUAUGUGAACCUAUAUUGCACAUGUUUAUUAUCAAGUUGAGAUUCUGUGGUAUAACCUAAAAUUUUGUUUUGUUUUUUAGCAUCCGUGGRUAAAAAUUACACCCAUAAAUAAUUGCAUCUGUACGAAACAGUAACACUGAGAGCUGCCUGUUGAGGCAGAUCAGAUAUUGUCCAAGUAGUGCCACUCUUACUCUUGACAUAAUUAUUUGUGGGUGUAAGCUUCUGGCAAUAAAGAAAAAGGCUAAAUUGUGCUUUGUUUAUCUGGCUUCAAAAUCCAAACUGUCAGCUUGGCGAUACUACGCUUAUGCAGUGGGGUGAUUGGGCAUUUAUUUCAGGAACAUUUCUUCUGGGGAGUGACUCCCGGUACUUAGUGUUUAUAUUUUUAGCCUUCAUGUUGCAAUAGUGUUUUUGGUCCGUUUAAUUGCCCUUGUUCAAAACGCCAACACUUGAAUUGGAACAAACAUUUCUUUGAGAGCUGAGUUCGCACCGCUCUCCAGAACAGACCGGCAUUGUGCUAGCUCGUAUUAUGAAACUGAAUCUUUGUAGUGAGAAAGUUAACCAAGAAAGUGUUGCAGCUGGGUUCAGCAGUUCAGAUCCUCUAAAGCCUUUUGCUCUGGCACUGCAGAGUGUAUUUUGGGGUCUUCAGGUGCCAAAACAAGGGGAAGAAUUGCUUGGAUUCUUAUAGAUCUAGCAGUGGGACGAUUGGGUCUGGAGACAAAGGGGCAGAAGAAGUAUUUAAUAGCAGCCUGCCUUGAAGGAGAGUUACAGAGAUGACAGAUCCAAACCCGUUGGGGCAACCACAAAUAAUAGCAACCCGCAGCAGUCACAGAUUGGGAUAGACUGGGAAGUUCAGGUUGAAUGCUAGGGAGAACGGCUUCCCUUGGAGGCUGGUGCAGCAGGACAGGGUGCCCCAUGUCAGACCUCCCUGUUGUUCACCCCUCAGCUCAGCAGAGCCAUGGGGACCUGCUCUGGUGUUGGUGAUGGUCCCGCUCCCUGGGGGAGGUUGGACGAGAGACCACCAGGCUCCAGUUGCCGUUUUGAGGAUGCUGUGAACAUAGGCAAGUUCAUAACUUCUUGCUACUUCAGUCGUUUUCCCCCAGUCCUCUGAACUCAGACUGACUAGAAGACAGGAGUGGUGCUUGACAACAGAAUGUUAAAGCUUUUCACAUUUGUUUUUAUUCUAAGGCAGAAGAGGAAAAGCCAAGGGAAAAAGAAAAAAAAUAAAGAUAGUCUGCCAAGCUACUCAGCAAGGUGAGGUUUAGUUCUUGCUCUGCCACCCUCAUCAAAUCCCCAAGCUGUAAACCCAGUUUGUCUGACCUGCUGGUUUCAGUCAGAAAUUCCAUCCUAAGUCUUGAGGUGUAUUGCCAGAAAUAGCAUGUUUUCACAAAAAGUUUGUUUCAAUAAAUCAACAGUUCCUGCAAAAAAAAAAAAAAGUUUUUUGUUGAAAAAUAUCCUGCCAGCUCUGCUUUUGUGUGUAUUUGAAUUAGCUCCGAAGGAGAUAGUGACUGGGUGGGUUAUACGACAGCUUCUACAUUUAACUGCUUUAAGUGCUCUUGUGGAAGGCGCUUCUAAGCCUUCCUGUGUUUUCAAUGUCAGAAAAAUCGGAUCGUCACUGAAUGCUUUGGUGUUUUAAAGGCUUUAUCAGGAACUAGCGUUUAGAGUCUUUGGCUGCUUUCCAUGAUGUGUCUUGCUGGACAGAAUUCUGUUUGACUGUGGAGUUUAAUAGUAAUUGCUUGUGAUGCUGAAGCAAAGUUCACGUGUUUAUAUGAACUUGGAUGUUCCUGAAAUCAGUAUUAAGCCAUGAGAAGUAGUCAUAACCACUAAC